AUGCCUACUUGUGCUGUUAUUAGUUGCAAAGCAAGGAGUGAAGUGUCGAGUGUAGCCAAAGGAGGAAUUUCUUUUCAUCGUUUUCCUAAAAAGCCAGAUAUACGGAAACAGUGGAUCGAAAUUACUGGUCGUAAAGAUUGGAUUCCGACUAAAUCAAGUACCAUUUGUUCACAACACUUUAAUGAAGAUGACUUCGAGGUCAAAAAUUCUAAGAAGAGAUAUUUAAAAAACGGUGCAGUACCACAUGUACAAAUUGUGUAUAUUGAAAUUGUAGAUCCAAUAUUGACAACUUUUUCAACGGUAACGGUAAUGGAAGAGAGUGCUAGUCAAACAAUAAGGGAUGUAGAUCCAGUACCGUUAAACUCUUCAACAGUAUUAAUGGAAGAGAGUGUUAAUCAACCAAUUAAUGAUAUGGAUUCAGUACCGACUAAUUCUUCAGUAAUGGAGGAGUGUUCUAGUAUAGCAAUACAGGUGGAAGAAUUGAUUGGUCGGUACAUAUCAAAAGAAAAGUCCGGUGGAAUUACAAAACAGCGUUAUUCCCCAGCUCUCCGAACAUUUGCACUUACCUUACAUUACUAUUCGCCCAAAGCGUAUAAUUACGUAAGAGAUACAUUUAAAACAUGCUUGCCUCAUGUGCGUACUUUACGAAAAUGGUACAAAAGUGUAAAAGGAGAACCAGGCUUCACAGAUGAAUCCUUCAAAGCCCUUAAGGCAAAGUCAAAUUCAAUAAAAUAUCCAAUCAUAGCUGGUCUAAUGAUAGAUGAAAUGGCAAUAAGACGUCGUAUAGAAUGGGACGGAGUAAAACUGCACGGGCAUGUUGAGAUCGGUAGCGGAAUAGAAGGUGACCAUAUAACGGAAGCAAAGGAGGCAUUAGUUUUUUUAGUGACUGGCAUUAACUGUAAUUUUAAGGUGUCUAUGGGUUAUUUUUUGAUUGACGGAAUGACUGGAGUUCAACGAGCUGAACUAGUAAAACAAUGUCUAGAAAAAAUACAUGAAACGCGAGUAAAAAUUGUUUCUCUAACUUUUGAUGGCUGUGCCUCUAACAUAGCUAUGUUGAAACACCUGGGAUGUAACUUUGAAGAGGGAAAAAUGAAAUUUGAAGAUCCGGUCACAAAAUAUCCAAUUAUGGCACUUUUAGAUCCAUCUCACAUGGUUAAGCUAAUACGCAACACAUUUCAGGUCUACCAAGUGUUUGUUGACGAGAAUGGCAAAAAAAUAAAGUGGUCCUACCUUGAGGAACUAAACAAGCUCCAAGAAAAGGAAAAAUUUCAUUUGGCGAACAAGUUGAGAUAUCGGCAUAUACACUAUCACAAUCAAAAGAUGAAAGUUAAACUUGCCACCCAAUUAUUUAGUUUAAGCGGGCAAUAA